AUGUCGUCCGUCGUCCCCUUCACGCUCGACCUGCAGACGUCGCUGUGCAUCGGCUUCGCCCUCUCCUUCAUGCCCAUCGCCUACAUCUUGAGCACCUCGUUGAUUCCUUCGACUUCCACCCGCAAUCGCAUCCUGUUCUUCUGGCACGCCUACGAUGCCAUGACCCACAUCUUCAUCGAGGGGUCUUUCCUCUACGAAUGCUUCACUAGCUACAUUACGAUUCCCGCCGGAUUGUCGCGCGAACCUUUCUUCCUGGGCUUCAAAGACCGUCUAUAUGGAGCUGCAUACGGCACAGGGCCCAGCUCUCGAUUGUGGCAAGAAUAUGCAAAGGCCGAUCACCGUUGGGCUACAGCCGAUGCGACAGUCAUCUCUCUCGAGUUGUUGACCGUCUUCCUCGGAGGCCCGGCAGCCAUCUACGUCUGCUAUCUUCUGUGGAAAUCGUCCAGCAGCCGUGCCACCGCAUCGUCCAAGGGAUCAGCCAAGGCCAAGUUGUGGUUGGUCGCACCAGCACUGGCAACGGCCGAACUAUACGGAGGUUUCAUGACUUUUGCGCCCGAAUGGCUCACGGACAGCGCGCAGCUGGAGACAGGAAACCCGGUGUACAUGUGGUUUUACCUUUUCUUCUUCAACACUCUGUGGGUGUUCAUUCCCCUUUGGGUGUUGUGGGUGGCCGCAGGAGAAGUCCGAGCAGCCUUUGCUCCUCCUCACGGCUAUCCGCAGCCGCCAUAUCCUCAGCAGCCGGGAUUCGGUGGCCCUCCCCCUCCACAAGGCUUUCAUCAACCUCCUUACCCUCCACAGCAGCAUCCUCAACAACACCCCUCUAGUCAUCCUCCCCCACAACGAUUCUAUCACCAGGAUCAAUUUGGCCCUCCCGGACAGUUCGGCCCUCCCGGGAACUUUGGCGGUCCGGUUGGGGGUCCUCCUUUCCCUCCCCAUGGACCUCCCAUGGGCCAAGCACCUCCUUCGAUGCCGUCUCUCGGAUAUGUACCAGGUCAAGUUGCUCCCGGUGAUUUCCGCGGUGAAGCCGACCUCCUCCGCAAAGCGAUGAAAGGAUUUGGAACAGACGAGAAAACCCUCAUUCAAGUCUUGUCGAAGCUUGACCCCCUGCAAAUGGCCGCCUUGCGAUCAACCUACACCAACCACAUCCGCCGCGAUCUCUACAAAGAUGUCAAAUCCGAAACAGGCGGCUACUUGCGCCAGGGUCUACUAGCCAUCAUCGAGGGACCCUUGAUGCACGACGUCACUUCCGCCCGGGAUGCAGUGCAAGGAAUUGGUACAAAGGAAUGGCUCCUCAACGAUGUCCUCCUGGGCCGAUCUAACGCAGACCUCCGCGCCAUCAAAACCGCCUAUGACCAAACUUUCCGCCGCUCCCUGCAGAAGGACGUCGAAGACGACCUCUCCUUCAAGACACUCACCCUCUUCUCGACUAUCCUCCGCGCCUCCCGCAACGAAGAAUCCGCCCCCAUCAACCCGCAGACCAUCGAAGCGGAAGUCAGGUCCCUGCACGGCUCCACCGCCGGUCGCGCGGUCAACCACGUCGAAGAAGUCUGCGGUAUUCUCGCCCGGUCCUCCGACAAUGAGAUCCGCGCCAUCAACCACGCCUUCAGCACAAGAUACCACGCUUCGCUCGAGAAGCACAUCGAGAAGGAAUUCUCCGGUCAUAUGCAAGUUGCGCUGUUGCAAAUGCUCCGUACAGCCCUGGACCCAGCUAUGCGUGAUGCCGACCUUCUCGAAGACUGCAUGAAGGGCAUGGGGACCAAGGACGAGAUGCUGGUUGUGCGAGUUGUGCGAGUCCACUGGAACAGAGACCAUCUGGACCAGGUGAAGCGGGCUUACAGGCACAAGUACAAGAAAGACUUGAUUGAUAGAGUUCGUGGGGAGACGAGUGGGGAUUACCAGAGGUUGAUGAUUGCUAUGCUGGAGUAG